AAAUAAGGCUGCGCUUCUAAAACCGUCAUCACUUCACGCCCCAUGACGUUAUCAACGCUCGCCGAGUAAGCAUGGCGAUUCCGCGGAUACGUGCUGACAGAUUGACGUUGUUUUUAGACUAUUUAGAGUGACUGUUGUAAAAUAUUACCAACUGGUUUCAUCUUCAUGUUUUAGUCGUUCAUUCACGUUUUUCUUCUAGCUAACGCUCAGCUGCUAGCAGGCUAUUCCAGCGGCAACAUGCAGUGUGUGAAGGUCGGACACUUUGCUUCAGUUGCGUCCAGAGCUCUCUGCUCAAGCGGGGUUUGCUGUCCUGGUGUUAUUAACGUGUCGGCCUGCUGUCGAGUCCACUGCUCUGUCAUUCAGACUCGCUUUUGUCAAACAGUGUCAACAGUUAUUCGUGUUCCUCGGUACAUGCAGAAGCGCGUUGAGGACGUGAAGCAGACAAGAGGCAAAAACAAGAUCAACACCAUCAAAGCUGGAAGACUCCUGAUCCAGAGCAGAAAUCCCGAGCUGAACCAGUCUGCCGGAUACAUACUGGGGAAGUUCGAGGAGCCCGCUCUCUGCUCGAAAGGAUGGAAACACAACAGAUCAUUCGGCGACUAUUUCACCAUCAACAACCUCAAAGCUGUUGCACCUUUCGUUGCUGAGGAGCAGAAGAAGGAUGCUGAUGAGAAAACGCCGGUGACAUUUGAUAAUCUUCGCAUCUGCAAGGAACUGGUGGAGACUUUGGACAAUAUCAACAUUACUAAACCCACUACUGUGCAACUGCAGACCAUCCCAAAGGUUAUGAGAGGUCACAACAUUCUUUGUGCGGCAGAGACGGGCAGUGGAAAAACACUGAGUUACCUCCUGCCUGUUGUUCACAAAUUACAGGCAGAAAAGGCAUCAGACAUGUACGGUGAAAGUGCAAAGAUUCGCACUGUGGUUCUCGUUCCCUCCAGAGAGCUAGCUGAGCAAGUGGCAGCUGUUUCCAGGACCGUGUGUGCUCCAUUUGGCCUGCAGACGAGCACUGUGGGUGGUGGACGAGGUGUAGGACACAUUAAGAUGGUCUUUAAGAGAGGUUCCCCGGACAUUUUAGUGGCCACACCAGGCGCUCUGGUCAAGGCCCUGCGGAGACGCUGCCUGGACUUGAGUGAGCUGAGAUUCUUGGUGGUGGACGAGGCUGACACUAUGUUUGACCCCAGCUUUUCUGACAUGUUAGAGAGCAUCCUGCACCAAACCCACAUCGCGAGUAAUCCCAGGGAAACACAGGGCCCUGGCCAUAAAGCCCAGCUGCUAGUUGUGGGGGCCACCUUCCCUGGUGGUGUCGGGGAAGUCCUCAGCCAGGUGACAGACCUUGGCAGCAUGGUGGUUAUCAAGAGCAAGAUGCUGCACUUCCUCAUGCCGCAUGUCAAGCAGACAUUCCUGAAGGUGAAGGGUACUGACAAGGUCCUGGAGCUCCACCAAGCUCUGAAACUGCUCCAGCAGGAAAAAGGAGGGGGUGCUGUUGUGGUGUUCUGCAACAAGUCUACCACCGUCAACUGGCUGGGGUACUCACUGGAGGAGAUGGGGGUGCAGCAUGCACGUCUGCAAGGGGAGAUGCCCGCUGCUGUGCGUGCAGGAAUCUUCCGCUCCUUCCAGAGGGGCAUGACAGAUGUGUUGAUAUGCACAGAUAUUGCCUCACGUGGCCUGGACACAUCCCGGGUGCGCUUGGUUGUCAACUAUGACUUCCCAGAAUCUCACACAGACUACAUCCACAGGGCAGGGAGGGUGGGGAGGGCAGGAGGGGUCGAGGACGGGGAGGUGCUCAGCUUCGUCACUCAUCCCUGGGAUGUGGAGCUGGUGCAGAAAAUUGAAACCGCUGCACGUAGGAGAACUAGUUUGCCAGGAAUGGAAUCUCAUAUACAUGAGCCAAAACCCAAAAUAGUAGAGCCAGAGGAGUAGAAGUGUUGUGCAUGUGUAUACGUGGAAAAGCAGCCUGUGGAGUUUGUUACUGUAUGGGUGAUGUUGGGUUGCCACACUCUAAAUGUACAAAACAGGUGAUUUUUCAGCAGAGAUGGCAAGCACCAUUUGCACUGAUUGCUCAAAACAAUAAAACUGUAGUUGGCUGGUCAUUACUCCAUUCAUUCUUUCCUGCACUGUGACUUUACAAAAAGACAAAUAGUUUUAUGAAAGAUGAAAUAACCCAGUUGUGCUCAGUCCUGGUUUGGAUGGAGAUUCAAUUAGGAUAUGUGUAAUUCACCUUACCCCUAUUCAAACAUUUGAAACUGGGAUCAUUUGAAUGUAAAUAACAUGUUUUGUUUUUUCCCAAGCUAUGGACUGAAAUUGCUUAUCUGUAGUGUAAGUGCUCAGUCCUAAUAGGUACAAAGCACUAACAUAUUGUAAAUCACAGUAUUGGGGAAAUAUGGAAAACACCCAGUGAGAGCUUUUUAUUUAAAUAUAAUGUACGGCUGCCAUCAUGAAAAAAUGUCAGUUGCUUUUAUUUCCUGAUGUAAAUGUUUAUAGAAAUGAAUCUGCUUGUCAGUGAUGUCUUUAUACUAAAUAUAUUAUUAUAAUUAUUAUUAUUACCAAUCAACUGAUGUAGAAUUU